AUGUCAACUAAUGGUGCCACUUCUGGCAUCAAAAGAAGUGGAUCACCUUCCCAGGGUUCCAAUUUGCAACAACAGCGAGCAUCCAAAGUUCGCGAUGCCCAAGGCUUCAGAUUACGUCAACAGGAAAUUGACAAAUCCGAGAAAACGGCAUUCGACCAAAUGGGAGGGUCUAAUGAUAGCAACAGCUCUCUAGUCGAGGGCAAAACGAUCGCAGAAGAAGAGGCGGAAGGGGCAAAGACACCAGAGGCAUAUAAAAAGGCAAUCCAGGAUGGUAUGGUUAGUAUCAAUUCGAAAACCGCCAACUUAGAUACUAUUGUUAGAAACGGCGACCUAAUUAGUCACAGAGGGUUCAGACGAGAACCACCGGUGAACUCAGCCCCAGUUAAAAUUGUUUAUGAGAAUGAUCAGUUACUUGUUAUAGAUAAACCAUCUGGUAUCCCAGUUCACCCCACUGGUCGGUACCGUUACAAUACAAUCACAAAGAUUUUACAGCAUGACAUGGGAAAGACAGUACAUCCAUGCAACAGGUUGGACAGAUUAACAUCUGGCUUGAUGUUUUUGGGAAAAACUGCCCAGGGGUCAAAUGAAUUUAUGAAGCAGAUAAGAGACAGAAAUGUGUCAAAAGAGUAUAUUGCUAGGGUGAAGGGACAAUUUCCCACCCUAACCAUUACAAUAAACAAGCCUUUAUAUACGUUGAGCCCCAAACACACUUUAAACGUUGUCGAUGAGGAGCAAGGGAAGGAGGCUGUUACUGAGUUCAAACGUGUAUCUUAUGAUCCAGUCACCGAUACCAGUGUGGUUAAAUGCCACCCUUCAACAGGAAGAACGCAUCAAAUUAGAGUUCAUUUGCAAUACAUAGGUCAUCCAAUAGCCAAUGACCCCAUUUACUCCAACACGUACGUUUGGGAUGAAAACCUUGGAAAGGAUGGAAAAGCAAACUAUGAAGAAGUUAUAUCGAGAUUGGAUUCUAUCGGGAAAACUAGGGCUGCUUCAAGUUGGAUACACCCAGAAGAGGACGGGGAGGUUCUCUCUAAUGAAAUAUGUCCACACACAGGCUUACCCUUGUACACAGACCCUGGUUUUAAUGAUCUUGAGCUUUGGUUGCAUGCAUAUUUGUACGAGGCAGAUGAUGGGUCGUGGUCGUAUAAAACGGAAUACCCAGAAUGGGCACUUGAGAACAGCAGAAAAUUUAUGGUUCAAGCGUUGAAAGAAGCAAAUAAAUGUGGAGAAACACAGACGCAAUUUAAUGUAGGAUGUGUGCUUGUUCAUGAUGGUAAAGUUCUUUCUACGGGCCAUUCUAGAGAGCUUGAGGGAAACACUCAUGCUGAACAAUGCGCAUUGGAAAAGUAUUUUGAAAAGGCUGGAGCGAGGGAAGUCCCACUCGGUACAGAACUAUUCACCACAAUGGAGCCUUGUUCGUUUCGUUUGAGUGGUAAUCUUCCGUGUGUUGAAAGAAUCUUGCAAACACCAGGGAUCGAAACAUGCUUUGUUGGCGUGGUUGAGCCAGACGAUUUUGUCAAGGACAACACAUCGUACAAGAUUCUUAAAGAUGCUUCUGUAGCAUACGUGCAUAUUCCUGGUUAUGAAAAUGAGUGUUUGAAAAUUGCAAAAAAAGGACAUGAUAAAAUUUGA